AUGUCGAAGAGUCUUGAACCUUCCGCAAAUAAUAAGGGCUUUCUUAUCAAUGCCCUGAAAAAAGAACUGAGACUGGAUGGCCGUUCAUUAACUGACUUUCGAGAUCUUACAAUCCAGUUUGGUGAAGAUUAUGGUCAGGUAGACAUUUCUUUGGGUUCAACUAGGGUUAUGGCACGUAUCUCUGCUGAAAUUACGAAGCCAUAUUCAGAUCGACCAUUUGAUGGAAUCUUUGCAAUCACAACUGAGCUUACACCACUUGCCAGCCCUGCUUUUGAGACAGGAAGAGUAUCUGAGCAAGAAGUUAUCAUUUCCCGCCUCAUUGAACAAGCAAUUCGACGUUCAAACGCUUUAGACACAGAAUCUCUAUGCAUCGUUUCAGGACAGAAGUGCUGGAAUGUUCGUGCAAGUAUCCAUUUCAUUAAUCACGACGGAAAUUUGGUGGAUGCUGCAUGUAUCGCAGUGAUUACGGCCCUUUGUCAUUUUCGAAGGCCUGAAAUCACUGUUCUCGGCGAUGAAGUUACAGUGCAUUCUAUCGAUGAGCGUGUUCCUGUUCCUCUUUCCGUUCUUCAUACCCCGAUCUGUGUAACGUUUAGCUUCUUUGAAGAUGGAAGCUUAUCAGCUAUAGAUGCAUCUCUUGAAGAAGAAGAACUGCGUACUGGGAGUAUGACAGUCACCCUCAACAAAAACCGUGAAAUCUGUCAAAUCUUUAAAGCCGGAGGUGUUACAAUAGACGCUUCUAGUGUGGUUGCAUGUGCUCAAACUGCUUUCCAAAAAACGACAUUUAUCAUUUCCGAAAUUCAACGGGCUUUAGAUGAGGAUUUGUCUAAAAAAGAAACGCAAUUUUUUGGAGGUUCUGCCAAAAACCAACGCUCUUAA